ACCUAGUGACGUUUCUUUGGACACGUCGUCCAACGCGUCUCCACGUCUCUUUUUACGCAAGCGCGAUACUCGCGCACGCCAUUGAAUCUUAACCAAUCUUAACUCUCGUAACAGUGCGUGAGACAGGUUGAGCGGCUGUUUGCUGAAUUCAUCGAUAUUCGCAAAUCGUAAGAAAUGUCAGGAAAAUCCAAGGCGUUUACUAAGGAGGAGGAACUAUUACUACAGGAUUUUUCCAGAAAUGUCUCGACAAAAUCCUCGGCGUUGUUCUACGGAAACGCAUUUAUCGUCUCAGCGAUACCCAUCUGGUUGUUUUGGAGAAUACACUUGAUUGAUCUAUAUGCCAACUUAAUUUCUUUCAUAGGAAUUACAUUAAUAAGCACAUAUGCUCUUGCAUUAGCAUACAAAAAUACAAAAUUUAUUCUCAAACAUAAGAUUGCUGUAAAAAGAGAAGAUGCUGUAACAAAGGAAAUAAGCCGUAAGCUUGCAGAAGACAAGAAGAUGAGCAAGAAGGAAAAGGACGAAAGAAUUUUGUGGAAGAAGAAUGAAGUGGCGGAUUAUGAAGCAACAACGUUCUCUAUUUUUUACAACAACGCUCUUUUCUUGGCGCUUGUUAUUGUAUCUUCGUUUUACAUUCUGAAAACGUUCUCACCCGCAGUAAAUUAUGUACUUUCUGUAGGAGCUACUAGUGCACUUUUAGCAUUAUUAUCGACGGGAUCUCAGUAAUAUACACAUCACGGUAUGUUUUGUUAUCUAAUUUCAUAAGAAAUUUUCAGCAAUGUUUCAUCUUUUUCAUAUGAACAAUUAUAAAUUAUGAUAUAAAUUAUGGUAAUAAAUAUA